ACCACAACAGCUUCUCCAACCACAACAACAGCAGUUCAAACCACAACUACAGCAGAACCAACAACCACCACAGCAGCUCCAACCACAACUACAGCAGCUGCAAUAACAACUACAGCAACACCAACAACCACCACAGCAGAUCCAACCACAACAACAGUAGCUCCUACGACAACAACAGCAACACCAACCACCACCACAGCAACACCAACAACCACCACAGCAGCUCCAACCACAACAACAGUAGCUCCUACGACAACAACAGCAACACCAACCACCACCACAGCAGCUCCAACAACAACCACAGCAGUUCCAACCACAACGACAGCGGUACCAACCACAACUACAGCAGCUGCAACGACAACUACAUCAGCUCCAACCACAAGUACAGAAGCACCAACAACCACAACAGCUGCUCCAACCACAACAACAGUAGCUCCUAUGACAACAACAACAGCACCAACCACCACCACAGCUGCUCCAACCACCACAGCAGCUCCAACCACCACCACAGCAGCCCCAACCACAACUACAGCAGCUGCAACGACAACUACCACCACCACAGCUGCUCCAACCACCACAGCAGCUCCACCCACCACCACAGCAGCCCCAACCACAACUACAGCAGCUGCAACGACAACUACAGCAGCUGCAACCACAACUACAGCAACACCAACCACGACAACAGCAGUUCCAACCACAACUACUGCAGAAACAACAACCACCACAGCAGCUCCAACCACAACUACAGCAGCUGCAACAACAACUACAGCAGAACCAACAACCACCACAGCAGAUCCAACAACAACUACAGCAGCACCAACCACCACCACAGCAGCUCCAACCACAACAACAGUAGCUCCUACGACAACAACAGCAGCACCAACCACCACCACAGCAGCUCCAAAUACCACCACAGCUACUCCAACCACAACAACAGCAGUUCCAACCACAACUACUGCAGAACCAACAACCACCACAGCAGCUCCAACCACAACUACAGCAGCUGCAACAACAACUACAGCACCAACCACCACCUCAGCAGCUCCAACCACAACAACAGUAGCUCCUAUGACAACUACAGCAGUUCCAACCACAACUACAGCAGAAGCAACAACCACCACAGCAGCUCCAACCACAACUACAGCAGCUGCAACAACAACUACAGCAACACCAACAACAACCACAGCAGUUCCCACCACAACCACAGCAGUUCCAACCAUAACAACAGUAGCUCCUACGACAACAACAGCAGCACCAGCCACCACCACACCAGCUCCAACCACAACUACAGCAGCUUCAACAACAACUACAGCAGCUCCAACCACAACUACAGAAGCACCAACCACCACCACAGCUGCUGCAACCACAACAACAGUAGCUCCUACGACAACAACAGCAGCACCAACCACCACCACAGCAGCUCCAACCACAACUACAGCAGCUGCAACAACAACCACAGCAGUUCCAACCACAACGACAGUGGUACCAAACACAACUACAGCAGCUGCAACCACAACUACAGCAGAACCAACAACCACCACAGCUGCUCCAACCACAACAACAGUAGCUCCUACGACAACUACAGCAGCUUCUACCACAACCACAGCAGUUCCAACAACCACCACCGCAGCUCCAACAACAACUACAGCAGCACCAACAACAACCACAGCAGUUCUAACCACAACUACAGCAGCUGCAACCACAACAGCUGCUCCAACCACAACAACAGUAGCUCCUACGACAACAGCAGCACCAACCACCACCACAGCAGCUCCAACCACAACAACAGUAGCUCCUACGACAACUACAGCACCAACCACAACUACAGCAGCUGCAACCACAACUACAGCAGCACCAACAACAACCACAGUAGUUCCAAAAUCCACCACAGCAGCUCCAACAACAACUACAGCACCACCAACAACUACAACAGCAGUUCCAACCACAACGACAGCUGUACCUACCACAACUACAGCAGCUGCAACCACAACUACAGAAGCACCAACAACCACCACAGCUGCUCCAACCACAACAACAGUAGAUCCUACGACAACUACAGCAGCUCCUACCACAACCACAGCAGUUCCAACAACCACCACAGCAGCUCCAACAACAAAAACAGCAGUACCAACCACAACGACAGAAGCACCAACAACAACCACAGCAGUUCCAACUACAACUACAGCAGCUGCAACGACAACUACAGCAGCUGCUACCACAACUACAGAAGCACCAACAACCACCACAGCUGCUCCAACCACAACAACAGUAGCUCCUACGACUACAACAGCAGCACCAACCACCACCACAGCAGCUCCAACCACA